AUGUACCAAAGAAGCGUGUACCUCAAACUGCAAAGGCUUUGGUGGUACAUACCUAUCAUUUUAUUCCUUGCGAGCGAAAUACAUGAUUUUGAUGACAGCCAGGGCAAAUCAGCCUUAACCACAAAAGGUACCGUUGAAGACCAUAUAUCAGCAGCGGGGCAGCCCUUCCUAAAAUUUCCAAAUGAAUACACCGUGAGUUGCGGUCCACGCAGUUUAUGGCGAGGGUAUUUAAACGACGUGCUUGGCAACGACACUGGGCUCAACAACAGAGAUACAUCCUUGAAGGUAUCAAUAGUCAUUUCUCACUGUGCACAAGCCUUGGAUUGGUUCAAUGACGCUACAUCUGACCUAGAUGUACGUAGUGUAACCGUGUAUUCGAAGUGUGGCAAACCCGUGGUCGGGGCACCUGCGAAUGCGCAUAUUAUCCAGCUUCCCAACGUUGGCCGUUGCGAUCAUUCUUUCGCUUAUCACAUGAAUACUCUUGGUGGCGCAAAACGUAUGGAAUCAGAAUCUGUGGUGUUGUUUGUGAAGGACACGUUUGCCGUGCCACAUCAUACUGGUCUCGAACAAAGGGAUCUUACUGAAGUGGUCGCAGAAGCUUCAGGGCCUUCGGGAUUCAGUUGUGGCAAACUACCAAACUACAAACUCACUUUUGACAAAAUAAAACCUCACAGGAAAUCGUGGUUUGAUACUAUAUUUAAUUAUGGCGCUGAAUGGUCGUUCUGGCACGAUGUGUCCGAAAUAUCAAAGUUCACGAUGGAUUCUUAUGUAAGCUACGGUCGGUAUCACAGCGAACUUGACGAAAAGAACAAAAAACUCUUCUCGGCGAGUGCAGUUCCUACUUUUGGGGCGUGGUGGAAAAUGCUCGGAGCACCCGAGCUCGACAAAAUCAUGCCCGUGUGUUAUUCCGGUUUCUUUGCUGUCCAAACGCGUAACAUCAUGAACGCAGCUCCAUCGUUGGCGAGAAUGCAAAUCAUGCUUGAGCGGGGUGAUAACAUCAUCGAGGGACACUACGCUGAGCGAUCUUUCGCCGCGUUACUGCUUCCUCGGCUUCCUGCGAACAUCACUGAACAAAUACUGUGUCUCGCUGACGCGUUCCGACGGUGCAGGGGCUCAGCUGGAUAUUGUGGGACAUUGUAUGGAUGCCACACUGAUAGUCGAUGCGCGCGUCAUGGGUUGACUCGAUAA